ACUCACUCACCCAUCUCUCAUAUCUCUCUCUCUCUAUCUCUCACAAUCACUGCUUCGCUCUCUGAAGUGAAAAGCAGAGAGAGAGGUUUGCUUUUGUUUAUUCUUUAUUGAUAUAUAUAUUUAUUCAAGCGGAACACGAAGCGGUACUCUACUUCUCCGUUUUGCGGUUUCUGAGACAUCAUCAUGGUGAGGAAGAGACGAACCGAGCUUCCUAGUGGGGGUGAAAGCUCUGAGUCUCAACAGGAAAGCAGUGGGGCUAGUAGUGGUCGGGGUUCCCAACAACGCCCAGCUGAAAGAAGUGCUCCACCCCAGCAACAGCAGCAGGGAGGAGGAGGAUACCAAGGGGGUAGAGGUUGGGGUCCUCAAGGAGGUCGAGGAGGUUAUGGUGGGGGUCGUGGUGGUCGUGGAAUGCCACCUCAGCAGCAGUAUGGUGGGCCCCCUGAAUAUCAAGGUAGGGGAAGGGGAGGGCCACCCCAGCAAGGUAGUCGUGGAGGGUACGGUGGUGGUGGCCACAAUGGCCGUGGCAUAGGACCUUCUUCUGGCGGCCCAUCCAGACCACAAGUUCCCGAACUGCACCAAGCAACCCAGGUUCCACAUCAGCCUGGGGUGAUUCCGCCUCAGUCCACGCUGCCAUCUGAGGCUAGUUCAUCUUCCCAACUGCCUGAGUCAUCUCAAGUGGUCUCAUCUUUAAGUACACUAACAAUUGAAGAAGUUUCUGCUCCUGCCCAGCCUAUUCAACCUGUGCCACCAUCUAGUAAAUCAGUGAGGUUCCCCCUUCGGCCUGGCAAGGGUAGCACUGGAACAAAAUGUAUGGUUAAGGCUAACCACUUCUUUGCAGAGUUACCAGACAAAGAUCUGCACCAGUAUGAUGUUUCUAUCACACCAGAGGUGACAUCACGAGGAGUCAACCGGGCGGUAAUGGAACAAUUGGUGAAAUUAUACAAGGAGACACAUCUUGGAAAGAGGCUUCCUGCCUAUGAUGGGCGAAAGAGUCUAUAUACUGCUGGGCCACUCCCUUUUCUAUCAAAGGAGUUUAAAAUCCCACUCAUUGAUGAAGAUGAUGGAUCGGGCGGACAGAGGAGAGAAAGAGAAUUUAAAGUUGUGAUAAAACUGGCUGCACGUGCGGACCUGCACCAUUUAGGACUCUUUUUGCAGGGUAGGCAAGCUGAUGCUCCCCAGGAAGCCCUUCAAGUUCUUGAUAUAGUCCUGCGUGAAUUGCCCACUACUAGGUACUGUCCUGUGGGUCGUUCAUUUUAUUCACCUGAUCUUGGAAGGAGGCAGCCAUUGGGUGAGGGUUUGGAGAGUUGGCGUGGUUUCUAUCAAAGUAUUCGUCCAACUCAAAUGGGAUUGUCUCUGAAUAUUGAUAUGUCUUCUACUGCUUUCAUUGAGCCAUUGCCAGUAAUUGAAUUUGUGACACAGCUGCUGAAUAGGGAUGUCACUUCCCGACCUUUGUCUGAUGCUGAUCGUGUGAAGAUCAAAAAGGCUCUGCGAGGAGUCAAAGUGGAGGUUACUCACCGUGGAAAUAUGCGCAGGAAGUACCGUAUAUCUGGUUUAACUUCACAGGCAACACGAGAGCUGACUUUUCCUGUUGAUGAAAGGGGUACGAUGAAAUCUGUAGUUGAGUACUUUUACGAAACUUAUGGUUUUUCCAUUCAACAUACACAAUGGCCUUGUCUGCAAGUGGGGAAUCAACAGAGGCCAAAUUAUUUGCCUAUGGAGGUUUGCAAGAUUGUUGAGGGUCAGAGGUACUCCAAGAGAUUAAAUGAGAGACAGAUUACUGCUUUGUUGAAGGUGACAUGCCAGCGUCCUCAAGAGAGAGAGCGUGAUAUAAUGCAGACUGUUGAACACAAUGCUUACCAUAAUGACCCUUAUGCAAAGGAGUUUGGAAUCAAAAUCAGUGAGAGGCUUGCUUCAGUUGAAGCUCGCAUCCUUCCUGCACCAUGGUUGAAGUACCAUGAUACAGGCAGAGAAAAGGAUUGCUUGCCCCAAGUUGGACAAUGGAACAUGAUGAACAAGAAAAUGGUCAAUGGAGGAACAGUUAACAACUGGAUCUGCAUUAAUUUUUCGAGGAAUGUGCAAGAUAGUGUAGCCCGUGGGUUUUGCUAUGAACUUGCACAAAUGUGUUACAUUUCUGGCAUGGCAUUUAAUCCUGAACCUGUGCUUCCACCAUUGAGUGCUCGUCCUGAUCAAGUGGAGAGAGUCCUGAAAACUCGUUACCAUGAUGCCAUGACUAAAGUCCAGCCUCAGGGGAAGGAGCUUGAUCUGCUUAUUGUUAUUUUGCCAGAUAACAACGGCUCUCUUUAUGGUGAUUUGAAACGGAUUUGUGAGACAGAUCUUGGACUUGUUUCGCAGUGCUGCUUGACAAAGCAUGUAUUUAGAAUGAGUAAACAAUAUUUGGCAAAUGUGGCACUUAAGAUAAAUGUCAAGGUGGGGGGCAGGAAUACUGUCCUCGUUGAUGCUCUGUCAAGGCGUAUACCUUUAGUCAGUGACCGGCCUACUAUAAUUUUUGGUGCUGAUGUAACCCAUCCUCAUCCGGGAGAGGAUUCGAGCCCGUCAAUUGCAGCUGUUGUGGCUUCUCAAGAUUGGCCAGAAGUCACGAAGUAUGCUGGUUUGGUUUGUGCACAAGCCCAUCGACAAGAGCUGAUCCAAGAUCUGUUCAAGACAUGGCAAGAUCCUGUUCGGGGGACAGUUUCUGGUGGAAUGAUUAAGGAACUACUCAUAUCUUUUCGGAGAGCAACUGGGCAGAAACCAAAGCGAAUCAUAUUUUACAGGGAUGGUGUGAGUGAAGGCCAGUUCUAUCAAGUUUUGCUGUAUGAGCUAGAUGCUAUUCGCAAGGCAUGUGCUUCUUUGGAGCCAAACUAUCAACCACCUGUGACGUUUGUAGUGGUUCAAAAACGCCAUCACACUAGGUUGUUUGCAAACAACCAUCAUGACCGCAAUGCAGUUGAUAAGAGUGGAAACAUAUUGCCUGGUACUGUUGUAGACUCCAAGAUUUGUCACCCAACUGAAUUUGAUUUCUAUCUUUGUUCUCAUGCUGGAAUUCAGGGUACAAGUCGUCCAGCUCAUUAUCAUGUGCUCUGGGAUGAGAACAAGUUUACAGCUGAUGGGCUGCAGUCCCUUACAAAUAAUCUUUGCUACACAUAUGCAAGGUGUACACGUUCUGUUUCUAUUGUGCCCCCUGCGUACUAUGCCCAUCUUGCUGCUUUCCGAGCUCGGUUCUAUAUGGAGCCAGAGACGUCAGAUAGUGGUUCAAUGACAAGUGGUGCUGCUGCUGGACGUGGCAUGGGCGGAGCAGGUCCACGAAGCACCCGUCCACCAGGUGCUAAUGCUGCUGUGAGACCCCUACCUGCACUUAAAGAGAAUGUUAAGAGGGUUAUGUUCUACUGUUAGGCUAGCUGGUUCCCUUCCUAGUGGAAGAUUAACUAACGCUUUUUAUUAAACUUAUCUAUGUGAAAGUUGGGACUGCAGAUUGUUAAUUUACCCUGAUGGAUUUUAUUGUCUUUCA